CUGAAAGCACUGACAAACUUUAUUUAUACAUCAUUUUCGGUUUCUUGUCAGUUACACCUGCGACUAUAAAUAAUGAUGAGGAUCAAGCACACUUGCUUCUUGUUCUUCUUGGCAUUAGUGAUGUUAACUAUCAUCCAGAUAGUCAUCCAGAAAGAAAACAUCAGGCCACUACACGACUUACAGAUACGUUCGGUGCUCCGUACGGGUGAGGGCCCCAAUCCCAUUUCUGUAAACCUCCGGAACAAGAGUAUGGAAAGACCGGCAGUGCCCACAACCUGGGAUAUCAUCAGCUCCAACUGCAGUGCCAACCCUAAUUUCACAUCCCAAGAGUGGUUCACAAAUCUUGAAUCCAAAUACCAGCAAUUUAUGCUUUACAAGCAUUGCCGAUACUUUCCUAUGCUAAUAAAUCACCCGGAGAAGUGUGCUGGGGACAUCGACUUGUUGAUUGUGAUUAAGUCCGUGAUAACACAACAUGACCGGAGAGAGGUGAUAAGGCAAACAUGGGGCAAAGAGCAGACAGUCGACGGGAAAAGGAUCAAAACCGUUUUUCUUCUCGGGGUGUCUUCCAAUCAGAAAGAGAUAGCCAACCAUCAAAAACUUCUGGAAUAUGAGGAUCAAAUUUAUGGGGAUAUCCUCCAGUGGGACUUCAUGGAUAGUUUCUUCAACCUCACCCUAAAGGAGAUUCACUUCUUGAAAUGGUUCUCCAUGUACUGCAGAAAUGCCAAGUAUAUCUUCAAAGGAGACGACGACGUGUUUGUCGGCAUUUCCAACAUCUUUGAAUAUCUGGAGACAAGCAAAGACGUGAAAGACUUAUUUGUUGGUGAUGUUCUCUUCAGAGCCAUGCCCAUUCGCCGUAACACGAGCAAGUACUACAUUCCCCAAGCCUUGUAUCAAAAGAGAAGCUACCCGCCGUAUGCCAGUGGAGGAGGUUUCCUGAUGGAUGGCCCCCUUGCACGUAAACUUUACAAAGCAUGUGAAACUGUGGAAAUUUAUCCCAUCGACGAUGUGUUUCUUGGGAUGUGUCUAGAAGUGCUUAACGUAACCCCAAUUCAACACAAUGCUUUCAAAACUUUUGGGAUUGUAAGCGAGCAAACUAGUCAAAUGAAUCGGGAUCCGUGCUUUUAUAGGAACUUGAUAUUGGUACAUAAAUUGCUCCCACCCGAUCUAAUCAACAUGUGGAAGAUGGUCAAUAAUAACUCAAUAGAUUGUUCACUGGAAAAUAAUUUCUUAAAAUCAAAAGAUAUGUUCUGGCAAGAAAAUUCAACGAAAAUAUUAAUAUAACUCUGAAGUUAAUUAAAUACAAAAACAAAUAUCUGGACAACUUCACUUAUGUAGAUAAUGAAGAAUUUUGUCAUUAGCACAAUCAAUGGACAUUUUUCAACAAACUUGGGAGUUAAAUACAACAUACUUAAGAAUCAAUGAGAUUACAUGAAUGUGAUCCGAUGAUGUGUGUUUAAUGAAUAUUCUCAAAAAAUGGGUUGAAGGCCCUGCAAGUUGGUGCAAGUUAUGCACCAAAAGUAUGUGAUUGUCAUGAGGAAACACGCUGUCAGUCUGCCCCUCUGUGGGUGAACGUUACCUUCAUAAUGUUUAAUAAAAUAAACAUUAUUAGUGUGGUAAUGAUGUCAUCAAUUACAAUGACAUAUAGUUGAAUGAUUACAGAACUUAUGCAUUUAGACUUGUACUUAAAUUUUCCCCAUAAGUUCAUGCAUGACACAUUUAGUAACACUUGGUAGGUGUCAAUGCUAAAUUAAUUUAUCCUUUCUAUAUUUUGUAUAUAUCUUCUGAUGUUUUAGUUUGAAGCAACUUACAAAGUUAAAUAUGUUUUAUAAAAUAUUUGAUGCUGCAUAUCUGGUAAUUAUUUAUUUUUCCUUUCUUGUAACUUUAUAAUAAUGCUUCAGUUUGGGAGUCCCUACGACAUAUUUACAGGUCAAGCUUCUGUAUUUUGACUCAUGAUAUAUGCAAUGUGACAUAAAAAAAGUUUUAUAAAAAUAACAUUUAGUCUUCUGUUUAAUGACCCUUUGAAACAAAAGCAAUGGACACAAGUUUCUACAGGUUUAAAACAACAUUGGGGCGAGAAAAUGAUGAAAAAAAUUAUGAUUUUGGGGGGUAGACUAUACCUUUAAUGGGGUUGAUGUUAUCUCAUGCAAUCUGAUUUAUUAACACAGUUAAAGAGUUGUAAUCUUCAUGCUAAACAAAUGCAAAGUGUCAAAAAAGCAGUUGAGCAUCUGAGAGUAUUUCUGGGCAAUUCUCACACAAGUUUUUCGAACAUGGGUACCCAUUACAUAUUAAGUAUCAUAUUUCUUUUAUGGGCACUUCCUGAUCUUUUACAAAUCUGAUAAAACUAAAGACUCUUCGGAGAUAUGAAGGAUUUAAUAGUACUGUAUAAGUAUUUAAGAUUAACAUGAGUUGAGCAGAAACAGUGUGUGUUAUGGGAGCUUUAACUUUAAUGAAGGAAAUGACGAGAUCCUAAAGCACAUAAAUCUCACAUUUUAAGAUAUUUAUAAAAUAAUUUUUGUGCAAACUUGAGUCAGCUGUUUAUAAGAGAAAACACUUUUUUAAAUGCAAUGUCUUAUUGUAAAACAUCUUUAUUGGUUGUUAUGUUACACAUAUUUUAUUAAGGUAUUGGAUUAUAUGUAUUUAUUAUUAUUUUUAUUUAUUUAUUUUCUUUAAAGUGUGCAUUAAUGUCACAGA